AAGAAAGGAAAAAAAAGAGUCAAAGCUCAAACGGAUUAGAAAGAAAGACCGAAGAAUUCGAAGCAGUCUGAGGAGAACUCUCAUCGUCUCAUAUCAGCAAAAACAUAUUCACUGCAAAACAAAAGGCCGGCGAAAUCCAACUAUGGGGUUCUUCACCCUGUCCAUCGCCGGCGGGGGUUUCUUCCUCAUCGGCGCGUGGGAGGCACUCUCUUCCUUGAAUUCCAUUGCCAAUUCAAAUCCAAAUCCACACGCAUCUUCCUCCUCUCCCAACACCGCGCAAACCCCAUCUCAAUUUCCACCGUCAACCGCCAAAAUCGCCUCAUCUUCAUCAUCCCUCUCGUUCAUCUUCGCCUUGCUUCUCUCAUUUCUCGUCAUUUUAAAUUCCCUCGUUUCAUUUUUCGAUGCGGUCAAUUCCAGCGAUCGAGUCGGUUCCACCCUCCAGUUACCAGUUCUGGCCAUUGCUUUUCUGUUUUUGCUCUACUCGAUUCUCGGUCUUCUGGUCAAUCUCAACGAUUCAUUUCAUCUUCCAUCAACAAUCCUCAGUUUAAUUGCGCUAUUUGCUUUUGUGGAAGAGUUUUUGUUGUUCUACCUGCAGAGGAAAGAUACCAGUGGAAUCGAGAAUCGGUAUUUUGAUCUCUUACUUGUUCCGAUUACGAUUUGUGUUAUCUCUACAAUGUUUGAAUUGAAAUCCCCCAAAUUGAAUUCUUCCAAAAUUGUUCGUGGGGCUGGGCUGAUUCUGCAGGGGACAUGGUUUUUACAGAUGGGGUUGUCUUUUUUCACCAACUUGAUAACUGAUGGGUGCUCUUUACACGAAAAGAGCAGAGGAAAUUACACUAUAAAAUGCAAGGGGCACCCUGAAUAUCACAGAGCCAGAGCAAUUGCUACGCUUCAGUUCAAUUGCCAUCUUGCCCUUCUCGUGGGUUUGGUGAUUGGUGUAUAUUCAAUCAUCAUUCAUAGAAAUGGAGGCACCAGUGAUUUUUCGCAUUACCGCCCAAUCGGGGCGGAGAUGCAGCCGUUUGGGUUUCAGGGUCAGUUCACUUUGGAUUCUGAUGAUGAUCUUGGUGAAGAGGGCAAUUUGGGGAAGCCAAAGCAAGCGGUGGUCGAUGUGGGUGUGAAUGGUCACGAUUCACAUCAAUGAGGUAAAUUCCAUUGGAAAUCUGAAGUGGGGAAUGUAAAUUUGCGUUUAUAGUUGUUUGUGUGUGGUUAGUUUAAACUGCAGAUGUUGUGAUUGACUUGUAUCGAAUGGUUAAUAUGCCCUAGAUUUUUGUUUAGAAAUAGAAAGAAGUUUUGCUGCUCUUAUUGAGUUUUGUUUGGCGUAAGGGUGUUCAUUUAUUUAGUUUAAGUGCAUACUGGAAGUAAAGCCUUGUGUUAUUUCUUGUUCCUUUGAAUGUUUUAAAAUGGCUUUGAGGCUUGCCACUCGAAUUUAGCAUACCUCAUUUUGGAUCAUAAUAAGAUGCUUACAUUCCUUCUA